AUGCAGCAGCCAGCACAGCACAUCCCCUUGAACCUGGGCCAGUCUACCGGCGGGCUCGAUUCCAACGGACACCAAUCAGCAAUGUUUCCCAAUGUGCUGCCUCACUCAUCCAUGUCGACGGAUGCGCUCACAUCUGCGCUUAGUCUCUUGCCCCCCGAGUUGCUCCAAUCGCAUCAGCAUCAGCAGCAUCUUCAUUCGUCUUUUGCUCAGCUCGCUUCAUCUCAGCCCGGCUCGACGGCUUCGCUUCUUUCACACGUGCACAACCAGCUACAGCCUGCAGCCCAGAGUCUGAUCACCCAGCAGCAAGCGCGAAGCUCGCCAUCCCAACCAUCGCAGCUGCCCGAAGGCCAACCAUCGCAUCCGCAGCAGUCGCGUCGACGUCCACAACCGCAGCGACAAUCUUCUCAUCAAAAGCAGCACCCACGACAACCGUCGCAGCCACAGCAGCAGCAGCCACAGCAGCAGCAGCAACAUCAGCCUCUGCAAGGCCAGCAAAGCCAACCGCAUCAACAGCAGGGCAACAUCCAUAUCAACGCGCAGCAGCAUCCGUCUCCUGCACAGUCGCAGCACCAAUCGAACAUUGCUCAGUUGCUUGGUACACAUUCGGAUGCUCUCGGUGUCACACAGUCCUCUCUCCUUCAUCAGCAUGCUUCCAUCUUGUCAGAUGCCCGCUCCUCGGUCUCAACCUUCUCACAAGCGAUGCACGACGCCAAACAAGCUUCCCCGGUGGAUCGCGGCGACAUUCGCAAUGUCAUCUCCAUCCUCGAGCGCGCAUCCAAAACUCUCGUUUCCGAACUCGAUCAAGGAGUCAGCAAACUUCGCGCGUUAUCAAGUUCGCCAGCGUACAACAACAUGACUGGCUUGCUGAACGCAUCGAGCGCCAAUCUGCUCGGACAAGAUUCCAAUUCUGGCCACGACCUUUUUGGCACUAUGAACAACUUUGGUCUUCCUGGUCCCGGCAUGCAGCAACAUCAGCAGCAACCAUCAAAUGCGGGAGGACUGCCGUUCGAUCUCGGCAUGGGCUUCCAACAAGGUCCUGCCGCGACCGGCCUCUUCAACAUGAACGGCGUUAGCAACUCAAAUGCUGCCAACGGCGGAUCUGGUGGCUUCAACAGUGGCUUUUCAGACGAUAUCGGUGGGCGAGGCAACGGCCAGCAAGGCGCCGGCUCCCAAAAUCCGUCAUUCUUGCCGGCCCUCCUGGCGCAGUAUCUCUCGCAAAACACAGAUCCAUCGAGCCGCAAUGGCACUUUGUCGCUCUUCCAGUCGCUCAACAAUGGAAACGCUAACGGACCCUUUCCGAACUCGAUGCAAGGUCUCGAGGCGUUGUUGAACCAAGGUCUGCCGCAACAACGACAGCAACCUCGCUCAGGCUCGACGGACAUCGACGGUGGCCGCUCUCACAUCCCGCAGACCUCAGCACAGCUUUCCAGCGAUGGUGCUCCGCUUUCCAACGCUGCUGCUCUCGCCGCCCUCACCUCGUUGGGUAUCACCCCAACUAUGCUGGAAGCUUUAGGUCUCGGUUCUGUCGCGCAGCAGAUGCUGAAUGCACCCGUCGAUGGUGGUAACAAGAAGGACAGCUCAAACAGAGCUCCAAGUCAAGGGCGUACCUCUCCCGAAGAACGCGACGACUCUUCCGAGGCGGAACUCGACGAUCUCACCUCGGAGCCAGCGCGCAAGAAGCGGAAACAGGCUCGCUCGAAGGCCGCGGGCCCUGCGUCCCAGGUCAACGCGGAGGCGAGCAGCUCGAAGCAGCCAUCCCAGACACCCGAUGCGCACCAUGCAAGCAAAUCUCGCCUUAGCCAUUCUGCCACUCCGGGCAAUUCGACUCCCAAAGUCCCACAUUCGUCUCACCAUCUUGACCGCAAUCCCAACAAUCCGAACCUACCCGGACCGUCAGAUGCUUCGAAGCGCAUUCCCACGCUCGGAGUGGGUCUGAGACAGGAGGGCGACAAGAGAUACCGCAAUCGCAAGCUCCUCCGCGAUCUGAGAGAGCACCUCUACCGCUGGCUCGGCACUGACGAAUUCCGAAAACUUCGCAGCACGUACAAGGUGGCCGAGUGGGUGCCCAACCCGCACUUGACGGAAGAGGAAAAGCAGAUCCUCGCCUCAUUACCGGCAGGCGCCGUGGCGCAGCCUCCGAUCACGACGCACAUCUUCCACGUCGACUUUACAAGUCGCGACUUUUACCGCACGAAUCAGUCGCUCAUCGACGCCAUCGUCACGGAAGGAUCGAAAAAGGUGGAAGCCAAGCCGGAAGCGUAUGCGAUCGUACCGGGAACGAUCGACCGAGAUCAUCUCGAGGAUGUCGCCAAGGACCUCAUGGAUUCGGCGAGGUCCGGAUUCCGCAUGUCUCUGCGAACGGGUUUGCAGGCCGAAAAGGAAGACAAGGAGAAGCAUGAAAAGUAUAGGGGCGUCGAACGAGCCAAGACCAAGUGCCGUAAUCGCGAGAUUGGCGCGGGUCGGCUGCGUCAUGCGAUUCCCAAACAGUUGUUGAUACCGGGUGCUUACUCGGACGAUGCAGCCAGCGACGAGGAUCUGCACGGUCUCACCAAGUCGGAGUGGAAACGUCAACGAUUGCGAAAGCUACGCAUCGCCAAAGGGUGGGAAGCGGUCACUCCCAAGUGGCGGAACAAGCAUCUCACCCGGGCCUACCACAAAGCAGACAUCGUCAGCAAGAGUAAGCAGAUGGCCCGUUGGCGGCGUGACAAUCCGGUCGACCUGCCGAUCCCGAUCAAGUUGUACGGCAAGCUGUUGCCCAAGCAGCUGUUCGACCCGCAAUGGCUAGCGGAGCAUCGGAAGGAGCUGGAGGACGAGCCGUACUGCAUCCGCAUCAACGAUAAUGAUAUCGAUGGAUGGGAGGAAGGUCAUCAUCCGUUGGGAGAGGAUACGAGCGACGAGAUGGAGUGGAGUGAUGCCAAGGAGAGCUCGAUGAGGGGAAGGCAGAUGAUGAGUGUGGGUGGGAGGGAUGGGGGAGCGAGCACGACGCAUUCUCCUGCUCCAGCGGUGGGUAAGGCGAGUGAGGGUGGGGAGGGUGCGGCAGUGGUAGCGAUGUCGAGGAAAGCGGAGUCGCUGGCGAAUGGGGCUGAUGAUACGCCGGCGGUGGAAGCAGAUGAUGCGGGAAAGAACGUCGCUGUCACUUCGACGGUUUCGGAAGGAUCUGGUACGAGCAGCGUCUCGUCUAGUUCGAGAUCGGCUGCGGGAGACACGGGCGGCAGCGACACGGAUUCCGAAUCGUCUGUCGUCGUUGGCGACGCCGUCGAGGGCACCAAGGCGAAUGCGACGAUAUCGCCUACAGACGUUGCUGAAAGCGCAGCAGAGACGAGCAAGGACGCUGCACUGGUUGCUGCUGAUCAGCCGAAGCCAGAACCCGGUUCAUAG